UAUAUGUUGUUGUUUUUUGGAUUCCAUUAGUAGCAGUAUAAACACGGAGGUCUACUGUUGUUUGUAAAAUGGCAAAUGAUUACUUGAUUUACAAGUGGAAGCUCUGGUUCGGAAUGUUUGACUCAAGGGGCAACGGCAAAGUUUACAAAGAGGACGCACGAGAAGAAGAACAACUGUUUGCCAAGCUGAAUCAUAUAGAAAACGCAGAGGAGAAGAAAAAAGUGAUAAAAGAUCUGGAGGCAUUCUGGGAUGCUGCUGUAUUUCAAGGCAAAGACGGUCCAAUCACCGAGAAGGAAUUUGUUGAGGCUCACGUUCAAUCCUACAGGGUUGAUAAGGAUGCAUUUAUAAAAAAGAUGGAAACUUGUUACAAAACUUUGUUUGGUAGUUUUGAUUUACUUCACGAAAAUAUGAUCACGUGUGAGGAAUUCAUCAAUGGUCUGAAAGCGUUUCAUCAUGACGAUAUUACACUCGAGAAAACGUAUUUUGAGAGCUACCACCCUGUGGAUGGAAAAAUACCAGUCAAAGAUCUUGUUGAGUCGUGGGUUCAGUUUGUGACAUGUAACGAUAGCACCCAACGUGAUUAUGUGAAAGAGGCUCUAGAAAAUGGACUUUAAUAAAGAGACUUUAUCAUAUCUACUGUAUUAACCUGUUCUGUUCUGUAUUUUAAUAGUAGUAUCAGGAACAAAUUGAAGAAAAUAUAAAUAAAUGUUUCUGGACAUAUGAGUGCGGACACCGUGGUCAACAUUUUAUACAUUUAUUCAUGUAUAAUUUACAAAGCCAAAUUUUCAUUUAAAUCGUUUCUGGUAAUUUUCUCACUAUCGAUUGAGAUUAAUUCGGAGAAACUGGUAUUUAAUUUAACCCUUACUGUGCUGAAUUUCUUUAAUGGAUUUAUGGGGUUACAAGGUCAAAGAAUAGUGUAGUCAAUUUAAAGAUAAAGGCGUUUAAGGAUAAAAAACAACAACAACAAAAAUGGCUACAAACAGUGUAGAGCCUGUAUCAAGUAUGGAACCUGGCUUUAGUAUGGAGUAUGGCUCUAUACUUGUGGGAAAGGCUUAUCACUUUUGGGUUCAUCAGGUUAAAGGUGAAUUGCACACUAUAAAUGUGCUUGCACUAUACGGCAAAAAAGCAUACUCAUCAUCAAAUAAUCUCUCGUUUUCAAAACGAUAUCAUGUAAAUGAGAACUUAUUUCGCGCAUGCGAUACCACUUUAUAUAAAAAAGACAUAUUUAGUUACAGAUAAUGUAAUAUGGCUUUACUGUUACACCAUUAAAGUACUUGUGAACCAUGUGAUCACUACAUAUCAGACCAUUGUCUCUGCUACAUUUCAUUGCAAAAAAAAAUACAACACAAAAUAACAACAAUAAAAAAACAACACCAACAAUCAGAAACAGUAUUAAAUGAUAUAAAGUAUCAGACUAGAAACAGACAGGGAUGGGGGUUAUCAGUUUCUGAACUAAUUAACAAGUAAAAUAUAGACAUAUAAAUAUAUAAGUAUAAUUAUAAGAAUGACGUGGAUAAUAUUAUAGUAUAUUUGUGUCAUAUUUCAUCCUUAUAUAAUUACGAUAUGGAUAUGUACUCCUGAUCUACGAUCCUGAUCUCGUAUGUCUGGAAUAUGCAUAGAAUUGUUCUUCUAAUAUGGUAGCUAAGCUUUGCCCACAUGUGCACUUUUUUGUUGUGGUUUUUAUUGUUGUUGCUUUUUGUGCUGAACGGGGCGAAAGUUUGGAAAGGGUAUUCAAAAACAUGAAAAGGUAAACGUUUUCCGCGGCCUUUCUUUCAGCCAAACUGCGGCGGAAGGGCGAAUAGGAGACAAAACAUUUAUUUAAUUAUUAUGUGGUGAUACGACACAGUGAACAUUUCUGCCACAAGAAAACUGUGCAUUGUUUUAAAAAAAAUAAUUCACCAUACCAUUAAGUUGCACAGAUUCGAAUCUUCGACAUAAUACGAAUAUGUUAUAGAAAUAGCUCGUAACUUUCCGACAAUCUUCGUCAAUUUCCGUAAAUUACAAAGGGUACAGUAGAUUAGGAUGUUCUGUUCAUCCUUGCCACAGGAGCUUAUUUGAUACAAAUGAACGGAAUUUAAUAGAAUUCAUAUGUAGAUGGCAGUUAAAACUUUAAACUGAUGUCGGUAACAGAUUCUACCUAUGCGACCUACAGGUCAUACCAAGAUCAGCGGGGCAUGUCUGUGCCGUUUGAUCAUGGUCUGCACUGGUCGUCAUUCGGGUAGUACUUUUUUUGAGAAUUACCCCUAAAAAUAUAGAUGGUAUUAUCCGGAAUGAAAGAUAGACAGGUCCAUUUUAGAUAUUAAGCGUGUUAAGGGUUAAAAAUUAAACUAAAGGUGCAUGAUGAUUAUAUUAAUCAGGACUAUACGUGUGACUAGAAUAAAGAUUGUAUUAUA